AUGAAACAUGGAACUAAACGGCAAAUCUCUGUUGUUCUGAGACAAACGAACCAUGCACGCGCUAAUCUGAAAGAGACACUGCAGACACUGGAACUUCAGCGUCAACAAAGUAUCGUGCUUAUGAACGUCAAAGAAAACGAUUUGCUAGCAACGAUCGCCGAGUUAUCUUUAGAAGAGAAGGGCAAAAAUGAACUUGACGUUUUGAAACACACAAGCGAUGAAGUGCUUGUCACUUUAGAUUCUGAAAAUAAACCAAGGGAGACAAUCGAUAAAUCCAUACGGACCAGUUUUCUUGCCCCAAACUCUGAUACAAACCAAAGGUCGCCCAAAACGCUAAAGAAAAUAGAUAAAUCCAUACAGACCAGUUUUGAUGCCUCGAACCCUUGUGCAAACCAAAAGUUGCCCAAAACGCUAAAGAAAAUAGAUAAAUCUAUACAGACUGUCUCUCAUUUUGCGACCCCUGAUGCAAAACAAAGGUCAUCCAAACGGUUUUUAGAAAGACAAAUCGGGCAUAAAAUGACUAUAUUCACUGUUAGAUCAGAGACUGACGUAAACACGUGCAGUAUUUUUGCCGUUUACUUAAUUGAAUAUGGAGUUCUUGUUGCUGAUUGUAGCAACAGAAAACUUAAGCUCUUCAGUCGUAAAUUUGACUUAAUUUGUGAACACUCGCUGCCCGGACAGCCGGUCGAUAUGUGCUACGAUGGAGAGAAUUGCUAUGUCUGUUAUUCAGACCUUAAGAAAGUGACAAACCAUCGCAUAAACAAGACAUCCAUUUGGGAUGUUACUGCAUUUUUGACCCGUAAUCAACCACUUAGCCUAACUAUGUUCGACUCUCGGCUGAUGAUUUUGUUUGGGAAUAAUGAUAAUUUUGACAGCACGGCAGUUGACGAUGUACAUAUUGAAAUUCGAACGGGAUGUUAUAUAGAUGUAUCCAUACAUCAAUCCGAUGACGAAGGUUUGGAAUACAUCAAACACGCAAAGAAAGUUUUUGUGUUCGCUGUGUCGUCCAUAGUUCUCUCGGAAAACACGAGGGUGUCCUGCUACAAGGUCGAUACUCAUGCAAAAAAACUAACAGAUCGAAAAUGGUUCUACAAACCAUAUCAACAAAACGAUCUCAAAAAAGCGAAAGGGGUAGCGAGAGACAGUGAAGGAAACAUCUACAUAUGUGGUGAAGAUUCCAACAACGUUCAUCAGGCAUCGUCUUUAAAUUACAGUCGUAACCGUGUGAUUGUUCAGAACAUCAAUAGCCCCAUGUGUGUUGCUCUGGACGAUCAGAAAGAUAGACUCAUAAUCGGAUGUCGCGAUGAUAAUUAUCUGCAUGUAUACUCCUUCAAAUAG